CCUACCUAUUCUCUCUAUCCGCCACCUCUAUUUAUUCCGCCCUCCCUCCAUCUUCCUCAGUGUUUUCUCUCUCUUCAAUUUUUCUCUCUAAACCUCCAUUGUUUUCUGGUUUUUCUUCUCUUAGAAGCUCAGAAUUUGCAUUCUCAGAUCCCUAGCAGAAGCUUCGGAUCCCAAAGCUUCCAAAUCCGAUCCGAACAGUUAAGGGCAAGAACAUUUAUCAUCGAGAAUUCUUGAUGAACAAUUGAGCAAUUCGAAAUUUAUGAUCAUUCUUUGUGGGAUACUGUUAUAACUGAUGGCCCCACUCAAGGUUUUGAAUUUCCAUCUCAAAAUCAGAAUGCCAUCCAUAGCACCACGGGACCAUUCAAUUUCUUUUGAAUUUCCAAACAUGUGGCUUGCUCAUCAGAGCGGUGUAUAGAAUAAGAAAUAUUUUGCUUUAUGUGUCCUGAAGUAUUCAAGCUGGAGUUUGAAGAUCAAUAAGAUCACUUUCUGAAAUUUGGAUUGUCCUUGUGCUAUGGAGUUAUACUUGUAUAGAUUAUGUCCAAUUAACACUUCUUAUGCUGCGUUUCCAAUAUAUGGACUGGACUUAUGUCAUUUCAUACAUUUUUUGUUAAUGCAUGCAGUGUGUUUUUAUCGUUCCAAUAAUCAUGUGGAGGUUCAAGCCCUUCAUGCCCAAAGAACAAGCUGGGCUUGAAGGUCGUUCUAUUGAUGUUGGCAAUGUAAAGGUUUAUGUUCGGAAUGCCAUUGCUGAGGGAGGGUUCUCUUGUGUUUACUUAGCUCGAGAUGCGAUAAAUUCUUCAAAGCAGUAUGCUUUGAAGCACAUUAUAUGUAAUGAUGAAGAAUCGUUGGAUUUGGUGAAGAAGGAGAUCUUAGUAAUGAAAGUUCUUAGAGGGCAUCCUAACGUUGUCACGCUUCAUGCCCAUACGAUCUUAGAUAUGGGGCGGACAAAAGAAGCACUCCUUGUGAUGGAAUUUUGUGAGAAGUCUUUGGUUAAUGUGCUGGAGAGCAGAGGAGCCGGAUAUUUUGAGGAGAAACAGGUUCUUUCAAUUUUUAGGGAUGUCUGCAAUGCGGUUUUUGCCAUGCACUGCCAAUCCCCACCCAUAGCUCACAGAGACUUAAAAGCUGAGAAUCUUCUAUUGGGCCCUGAUGGAUUAUGGAAGUUGUGUGAUUUUGGAAGCACCUCCACCAAUCAUAAGCGCUUUGAGAAGCCUGAAGAAAUGGGCAUUGAAGAAGACAAUAUCAGAAAGUAUACUACACCUGCAUAUAGAGCUCCUGAGAUGUGGGAUUUGCUCCGGAGGGAACUUAUAAAUGAGAAGGUAGACAUUUGGGCGCUUGGGUGCCUCCUCUUUCGCAUAUGCUACUUCAAAUCUGCAUUUGAUGGUGAAUCAAAGUUACAAAUCUUAAAUGGAAACUACCGCAUUCCAGAAUUGCCAAAAUACAGCUCGAAUGUGACAGACCUAAUCAGGGACAUGCUGCAAGCUUCUCCAGACAAUCGACCAGACAUCACGCAGGUGUGGUUUCGUGUUAAUGAGCAAUUGCCUGCUGCAUUACAGAAGUCAUUACCUGACAGGCCACCUGGGAUGAAUCAAUCUGCGGCUGAUGGGCAUGAAGGCUUUUCAAAACCAUCAAACAAGGCUUCUCCAGUGCCUCGUAGAAGUCCACCACCCCCACCUUCAUCUAGAGAACCAACACGGAAUCCAUCUCCACCAUCACUUACCACCAGGGCUGGGGGAGGUGGGGGCUCACUGGGUGCUUUCUGGUCCUCUCAACAUGCAAAAGACUCGGCUAUAGAGGACAACAGUGGGCCCAAAUUUGAUGAGGAAACAACUAGCCAUAGCACAUCAGGAGAUCGGUAUCGUCCAGAGAACCACUAUUAUUCCAAAAACUCUAGUCCACCAAAGGAGGCCAAUAUCCAAACUCGCGGCAGAAGAAAUGCACAAGCAAACACAUUUAAAUCUGAGGAAGUCCCUUCAAAGGACUUUGAAAUAAGAUUUUUCCAAGAGGAUUCUAACCGUGGCACAGAGAGACCAAAAGCAUCAAAAGGUGAGAGCACGGCUUCUUUUCAAAAUGAUGCAUUCAACACAUUUGUUGCUGAAUUUGAUACUAGUAAGCUCGGCUCCGGAAGUAAUGCUAACAAAUCAGCAAAAGAAGAAGAGUUAGAGGCUGAAACAGAGAGGCUGAAAGAGCAGCUAAAGCAAGCUAACUUGGAGAAGUCUGAAAUAACUUCGAAAUUUGAAAAGUUAUCAGCCAUUUGCCGAUCCCAGAGGCAAGAGAUACAGGAACUCAAGCAAGCUCUUGCUGCUAGAACUCCAUCACCCAAUAGAGAUGCUUCGAAAAACCAAACCUCAACUGGACUUCAGUCUGCUGCCACUCCUCCGCAUGGAGAAAAGAUUGAAGGCACAGUCUGGGAACUCCAGCAAGGAAAAUCUGAUUCCCCUGCUCCAGACUCUAAGCCUUGGCAGGCUUUCCCUGAUGAGCUCAAACAACAUCAGCCUCUUUCCAGGGACAACACUAGCAAAUCUGUUAGGACCAGAAAUGGUCAUCACAACAAACCAGCCACAGAAGCAACUUCUGGCCCUGAAACUUGGGGUUUUGGAACAGAGAGUUUUACAGCCACCCCUGCUGCCAGCUCUAGUUUUUCCAGGCCCACUGUAGGAGGCAAUAAUGCCCAGCUGUUUGGUGACUCAAAGCGGAUUGAGAGCAAGCCAGCUACUCAACCUGCUGGAUGGGCUGGUUUCUAACUUACAUAUUUGGUGAGAUUAUAUCAUCCUUGCCACCUCUGGUCAUAAGAGAUGAGAAUAGGUAAAAAGCAAAACAAAAAGUGAUAUAUGGCUUUCUGGGCUUGUUUAUGCUAUUGAGUAUUGAGUGUUUGCCUUAUGGAAUACAACAUUUACAUAUGUUCCCCGUUUCCAUGGACUUAUCAUUGGGUUACAAAUACACUUUUCCGGAUGCCUCAGAUUUUUGGGGUCGGAAAAAUAAUAAUUUAUUUUGAUCU